UGUACAGCACUUCAACCCCAGACAUCUUAAUCACGCAUGCGCAAAUCAGAAUUGGUUUAUUCAUGUGGAUCGCCACAUGGCUGAGGCAAGUUCGUGGAUUAAAACUCUGAAAGCUGCAAAGAAGUCAUGUUUGGUACAAGAUGGAAAACGAAAGAUUCAUUUCACUCUUCCAGAUGGCAAAGAAAUGGUUGAAGAAUACGAUCAACGCACUGGAGAGCUUUCUGUGAGGAAGUGGCGUCGUAAAUCAACACUAGGAACAACUACUCAAUGGGAAUUUGAAGUGGGAGAGGCUCCUUACCAAGCUAUACUGAAUUUGGAAUCAGAGCACAUCCGGGCUAGUAGCACCAACCCAGUAUUUGUCCGACGAGAUACGGCCAAAGCAUUCGAAUGGCGAGUUCGUAAUUUGCCGUAUCUAAUUCCUACAUACAAUGUUUACGUGGACGACGAACAAAAACACGUGGUUGUCAAGACAACCAACAGGAAAUAUUUCAAAAAGUAUGACAUUCCUGAUAUGACACGAGCAGGCUUGAAACUGGAGCAGGAAGCCUUGUCUAUCGCCCAUGCAAACAACACUCUAAUUAUCUCUUAUAAGAAGCCACAGCUUAUCGUAGAACAGGAAAGGCUGAUGAAGAAAGAGCUGAGUAAACUGAAAGCGACUCAUGAUGGCGACGUCGAAUGCCCACAGAGUUAA